AUGGCAUUGGAUGCGCCACCAACGCCCCCAGCCGAUAUCAUGCCAAGUAUAAUACCAUUUUUCUCUCUAGCAUCCCAACUCUCUACUUCUUCCAUCGCACACUUUCUCAGUGCACAUCACUCUCCCCUCACAGCCGCUCGGCUCGCCCCUCUCUGCAUUACUUCGGACGAUUUUUACGCCGCGCAAUGGAGGUUUGGUAGAGAAUCAGCCGCGAGUAGUUGUCGUGAUAAGGUCGGUCCCAGCGUGUCUGCUGUGCAGCGGAGGAAGUAUGAAGCGCUGCGAGCCAAGUUUUCUGGCCUUCCUGUGCGAACGGGGAAGGAUGUCGAUUAUAAGUGA